GAAUCGGCCUCUUGGGCCGUUGACAGGCAGAGGAAUAUGGUUGAUGUUGCAAUGGCGCAAAAGCGGUUGCCACCAGCUGAACACUCCUCUCUAUUACUUGGCUCAUUGAAAUUGCUGGCGGCAUCAGCUCGGGACUGGUGUUGCAAGGUUUGAGUUUUUCUCAUCCUCAAGAGAGUCUGGAGAACCGUAGGUAGUCCUAGUCCUAGUCCUACAGGUAGACAAAGAGCCGCAAUUUGUUGGUGGAAGCGGCUCACACGCUGUUGAUUUGUGGGAGCAGUUGAAGCAACUUUGAUUGCAGAAACUCAGCUGAAGCGUUGCCUACAUUGUCAUAGCAAGUCGUAGUCAGCUGGCAAGAGGAGUUCGUGCUUUUGCCACCUGCACCUACCAACAACGCCUACGCUUUCUCUACAGUCCGCCACCGCCAACAUGAGUUUCCGCAAGGGAGUCGGUUCUGCCAGAAGGGACAAGGCAAAGGGCAGGACACAGGGCCUAACAGAAGAGCAGAAGCAGGAGAUCAGGGAGGCAUUCGAUCUCUUUGACACUGAUGGCUCAGGGACAAUUGAUGCAAAGGAGCUGAAGGUUGCUAUGCGGGCACUUGGAUUUGAACCCAAGAAGGAGGAGAUCAAGAAGAUGAUUGCUGAUAUCGACAAAGAUGGCAGCGGCACAAUCGAUUUCGAGGAGUUCCUGACUAUGAUGACGGCCAAGAUGGGGGAGAGGGAUUCUAAGGAGGAAAUCAUGAAGGCUUUCAGGCUUUUUGAUGAUGACGAGACAGGCAAGAUUUCUUUCAAGAACUUGAAACGGGUGGCCAAGGAGCUGGGCGAGAAUAUGACUGACGAAGAGCUACAAGAGAUGAUUGAGGAGGCAGAUAGAGAUGGUGAUGGUGAGGUUAAUGAAGAGGAGUUCUACAGAAUCAUGAAGAAGACUAGCCUCUUUUAGUUUACGCAAUUGUUAUAUAACUGCCUAUUUGGGGGAACGUUCAAGGACUCUUUGGCUGAGUUGAUGGGUGUCACGUCCAUCAUGUAGGGCAGAGUGCUUUGCUAAUACACUGAAGCUUGUCGAGAUCAGAGAUCCGCUUGAGAUAUUGAAACUUUGGUGGUUCUCAGUCCUUCUUUGAAGUGACUGAUCGCUUUUAUUGGGGGCAUCCCAUGAAAGCAAGGGCAGUGAACGUAGGAAGCAUUCCAGCGGAAAACUGUCCUGGAAAAGAACAGUGAACAAGGACGACUUGGCAGCAUCGACCUCAGAAGGUAACCUUGCAAGCAUCUGUACACAGUGAUUUGUCUGUGGCUUGAGGCUAUGACAGGCUGCGGUUGGCCAGUCAACCGCUUCAUGCGCAAAGAAUGUUUUCCUUUACAUGCC